AUGCCACUUACAUAUUUUCUAUCACAAAAACUCGUGAGCUGUGUGACGCAGGCAGCUCGCUUUCCGAACAUAGAAAAUGAAAGGGCAAAGAAGCUCCUCUCGUCUCCGCCCGAUAGCAUUACAAACACAAUUUGCUUCGUACCUCCAGUUACAAACACUCAACUCACGUAUUAUUAAAUUAUGUGUUUAACCAGGUUAUGGCUUCACACCACUUGACAUUUUAUUUCCUUUAGAAAAAAAACAAAACACUGGUUGCUUGAUAUAAUUGUUGUGUGUUGCCUAUGAUAAUAGCUUCCAUUAAAAAAAAACCCACAUAUUAACCUCUUCCUUGCCGACCCCAUAUAGACACGAAUAGAAGACAACAACAUCUAACCCUUUAUAUCGUAGACAAAAUUUUAAGGCUAAAUCAUUUUGUCACAUUUAAAAAGAUAAAUGUCGAUGUUUUUGGAACAGGAAAAAGCCCAAAGUAAGUAGUCAAUCUCUUUUUGUUUGGUUUGACAAACUGAAAACUUGGACUAAAUGGCGUGCUAAGGGUUAGUUUGACAACUUACCUGGUUUGACAACUUACCUGGUUGUUUCUACUUUCAGAGAGUCCUGUUAACUAAAUAGAACUAAGCAGGGACAAACAAGACCACAAUCAUUGGCUGAGAGCUCCAGCUGAGCAUUCCUGGUCUGCUACAGUGUAUACUAUUGCAGCCUGCACAAAUAUCCCAAGUGUACAGAGUAUGCAAGGGGACGCCUUUUCUCAUCCCCCUAAUCUACCUGGUUCCAAAAAUACAUCCCUAAGUAUUGAUCUACGACAGUUGGUUUAAAGGUAGGAGGAUUGAAGGAGUUGCCAUUUUCAGUCCCCUCAUUAUAAUACAGAGGGACAGAAUGGGGCCAAGGCACAAAAAAUUGUUUCACUACAUAGAUUAAACCAUGGUUUCCGGAAAGUGUAAAUGGGACUUUUUGCAACACAAAACAACAUGUAGCACAUCUAUACCUGUUGGAAGGGAAGGACCAGCCACUAGAUGAUUAAUAGUCUCUAGGUUGCGGUCUACCUGCAUGCUAAAAGUAUUUAUUUUUCUUAACUUUUUUUCCUUUUCUACCUGUCUAACCUUACCUUCAUUUUAUUUAAGAAGAACUAAUGAGUGCACAUUUAUUGCUGCACAUGCCAAGGGCUUCUAGUUCAAAUUAAUGGGCAUUCCUUACACAUGCACAGUUCUCUUGAAGCUGGCCCCAAUUUACCUUAAAGGAGGCCAUCAUGACGUAAUGCUUACACGUGCACUAUUUCACUAUUUUUAUUAAUUUGAAUAGGAAUACUCCGAGCUCGCUGUUUCCACACUACCAUGCCUUUACAUCACUAGUUUUUCCAGAUUAUUUUAUUAACAACAACUACAUUUUAAAUACAGUUAUAGCCUUAUUUUUAAAUAUUAUGGCUGUGAACCUCCCUACUAAAUGACACUGCCGAAUUACUCUCUAAACUGUUAAUUGCUGGGAAUUCAAAGUUAAUUCAAAGUGAUUUUCAAAACUAAGACCAAAUUAGCCAAACUGAAAACUGACUUGCUUGAAGAUUUAUUUUUUUACUAAUUUGCUUAUUUGGGCCAAAAUUUUGAAAUUCACUCUGAUUUCCUGGCAAUACUCACUUUAUUGAAUCACUAUGUCCCAAAGUAGGGCGCUUCUGAAAAAUUACUCACUUAAGCACGUUUAUUGUGUGUGUUUUGGGAAAAGUUACACACCAGUGUGGUAGCAGCAAUAUUAUCAUACAUUACUUUUAAUAUAGUUAAUCAUAUUUUUAUAUUGUGCUUUUAUAGAUUGUAUAAACAAAAUCACUGUUUCGUAGAUAUACCAACAAUUAAAACAUGCAUGCAUUUAAUUAUAGUUUGCAAUAGUUGCAGUUCUCUUGUCUGCCUUUGCAAACCCUCCCCUUCAAACCCCACCCAGACUUUUUGUGGCUGUCCAAUCACAGACUUCCCAAUGCAGCUUAAUGAGAAGUCUUUGCAAGGCAGGUGCUCUGAACAAUGUCCUGCCUCUUAAAUUUAGACCAUUAUCAUAGUGUAUAUAUCUAUCUAAAUAUAUAUAUAUAUAUAUAUAUAUAAUACUAUAACUAAUGUAGUAUAUUGUUGCAUUAUCUUGCACAGUGAUUCAACCAUUUCAACUCCCUCCCUCCCUCUCUCUCUCUCUCUCUCUCUCCUGAGCUCUAACCACAUUUACCACAUUUUUUUAUUGUAUCUACAUAUAUAUUGUACAUACCCCAAACUCUUUAUGCUGAAAUUACUGUGAGCAAGAUGCAAAACCUUCUUUGUGAAAUAGCCAUUUCUAGCAAUAACAGCCAUAUGUGUGACCAUUCCAUAUGUAAUUGUAUGUAGCUAUUCCAGAAAGGUAACUGGAUGGACUUACAUUAUGAGCUAUUGGCUGCCGUAAGACACUGGAGAGGGAAGGAAAAGAUUCCAUACUCCGUUAAUUUUAAAAUUAGCAAAUAAGAUUCAAAAUAUUCAAUCUAUGUAAAUUUUCCGUGUAUGUGUGAUUCUUCAGAGUUCCCUUUCAUACAGGAGAAACUGAGAAUGCAAAAGUUAACAUGCCUUAUUAAGUGUUGCAUUUAUUAACAUCAUAUUCAAUCUUUUCUUUCAAUGUAGUGUGAAAGAAGAAGCAGACAAAGUGCCUGCCCUCACAGAGAACCCCGAUGUGUAAGUACCAGCUCUUGGAAGUGUACUGCCUGUGUAGAAUGGUGUGAUGGAUGGGUGGUGGUUCAAUAAUACUGGUCACAGCAAAUGAAGAUUCUAAAAUGGAAUCUGAUGCCUCUAACCUAACCUGAUCCUAACUGCAUCCGUAAACUUGUUGUCUCAAACCAUAACGUCUAACCUGCCAGCCUGAACUCUAUUGCUUCCAAUACUAGCCCUCUAACCCAAUGCCAAAAGACUGUUGUAACCUCUUCUAACUCUAAUUCUGAUCUACUAACCCUAGUUAAUUACUAAAAUUUAGCUUAUAUAUAAUUUAUCUUUCAACGUCUAUCAAUUGCCGUCUUGCCAUAAUGAUUACAUAAGAGAUGAAUGGUGCAUGCCAUUUUAUAAGCACUGUAGUCUGGAAACAAUUAAAAACACACAAACCAGACACUCAUGGGUGGAUUCUAGUACUUUAAAUUCUCACCACCAGGCAAGGUUCCAGCUCUUCAGAGUCUCAAACAAGUAUAAAAAAGCAUAUAAUGACAACCAGCCAAAAAGCCACUGGCUUACAGGGCUACACCCCAUUGGAUACCAUUUUCUGGUAAUACAUUAUGAGGGUGCUAGAAGACAUCUGUCCUCUGGUAACUACCAAGGAGUGAUGACGUGAUGAGUGACAUGAUGGAUUCAACAUCAUGACUGACAGCAACAUGUGGUCUAAAAGGGAUCUGAAUCUCCAGGGAAGAUAUCUUGUUCUUUAAUAUAUUGUGAAUCUUUAACCAUUAUACUAUGUAUAUUUUUGGUUAUUCCCGAAUACACAUAGAAAUAAAAGACACUCAAAGUAGAAACUUGACAAAAUCUUUUUUUUUAUUACCAAUUACUGUCUUUAAAGUAUAUCUACGUAGUCGCUGCUUCCUAUAAGUAAAGCCAAUAGAUCUUGUGAUAUCACAAUGCUGUUAUAGAAGAAAUUGAUCUGAUUUCAUCUUGUUAAGUUUCUGUGAAUGUAGAACACCAUAUCCAAGUCACGGUGACAUCAGUGUUUGUUUAAAUACCUUCACUGCAAAUAUAUAGACUUUUUAUUACAAGGUUGAUGUGUUAUUCUUUGUAUGCUUCUAGAAUCCUGUGUUGCCCAAAUAAGCUGAUGGAUGAAGAUGAGAAAGACAGAGCAAAGAGGUGAAUUUAGUGAUUUAUCAUAUCUGUUACAACACUUAAUAUGCAAAGCUACCUCCAGUAUUUAUCCAGCCAUUGGCUAAAUCUGGCCAUGGUAUCCCUUGACCGUCACCAUUCUAAGAACAUCACUUGAAUUCUAGACCACUCCAGAUGUAUCAUUUGCAAGCACAUGACCUUUCGGGACAGGAUUCUUCUCCAACAUUAAUCUUCCAGUCAUUGUCAAUUAUUUUUAAUUUUGGGCUCGUGUCAGCACCUCUGUACACAAUGGCCUUAACGAGUGCUAACUGUAUGUAAGCACAAUGUGUGCAAGAGAGUAUUACCAGGAAAGGCUUCUGUAAUACUCAACUAGCAAAUGAGAUAUAAGCAAAAUAUGAAUCAAUGUGUCCUAGAACAUAAAAACCUCCCUAACCAGCUGAUUACAGAAUAGCAAAGGAACAAAAUGACUUACACAGUCAAUACAAAUUUCUAGUAUAAUAACAUUAUACCUUGCUAUGAUGUGUGUCAUUAAUGUGAUGUUUCAGAAUACCAAAUGGUCACUAUUUGAUCUUCAAAUCCCUAAUCUUUCCUGUACUUUGCAUUGGCCACAGCGGUGGUGCUAGUUACUAAACAUUCUAAAGAUCAUUUUCUAACAUGUUAACAUAAAUGUCCUCUAUCGUUUGAGAGCACAGGUUUUACAGAUAGGUCUUAUCAAAACUAUAAUAUAAUACAAGAGAACUUGUUAACUCAGAAGCAGAUUGUAUAUAUAUAUAUUUUUUUUAUUUCCCUUAUAAUGCAACAAUACAUUUCAAUGAAUAGAUUCAUAUGAGCAGAUCUGGUUGAAUUUAAUUCUUAUGAUAAACAAUGAUUCAUAUUAAUUUAAUUGGAGGGAAAUGACUAAGAAAGAUAAUCCAAGAACUCCUUUAUUAUAUGUCGUAUAUGAAAUAACAUGUAAAGCCCAAACCAGACUUGCUUCUAAAGCAUCAAGCAAACGUCUGUUUUAGAGACAUAGUACCACAAAGGUCAGCCCAACGCCUACACAAACCUUCCUGAUGCUAGCGUGGAUAGCUUUGAUGUAGAGAUAAAAUAUUUUUUCAUUAAAAAAAACACUUGAUAAAAUUGUUUCGUGCAGUGUAACAUUUUUGCUAAAAUAAUUCUGAAGGAUAUAUUUUAUUAAGUGCUUUCUUUUUGUGGCAAAAUAUAGUAAAACUAGCUGAUAGACACAGCCAGAGUAAACUGGUUUAUCUCAGAAAAACAUCGGCACAUUCUAGAGAUUAUGCAGAAUAAAUGCCUGGUACAAAACGGCUAAAGGAACAUUUCAAGCCCCUUGCAGUGGUUAUAGUGCCAGGAGUAUACUGGCGCCCUCCCAGAGUAAGUAUACUGUUUAAGAAUUAAAUGACGUGAUGGGUUAAUACUCGUAACUAGUGUACAGCUACUGUUGCCCACCUAAUAGUCAUUUUAUGUGUUCUUUUUAGGGCAUCACGGAACAAAUCUGAGAAGAAGAGAAGAGACCAAUUUAAUGUCCUCAUUAAAGAGCUCUGCACUAUGCUACAGGGCCAUGGACACCCUCUUAAGAUGGACAAGUCCACAAUAUUGCAAAGGACAAUCGAUUUCUUACAGAAACAGAAAGGUAUCUGAUACUAAGUAAAUUAACAUGGAUCAUGUAUUGCAUAUAGAAUAAUUUAAUUGUCCUGCACUAAAAAAAAGUUUGGACAAAACUUCAAAAGCAUAUGCAAUGAAACUAAAAGCUAAUUCCCUGAUUGCUAAGUCAUUUACCUAAUUAAAAGCAGUUACAGAUACAUAUUCCAUGUGCUGUGUGCUGAAAUACUGAUAUGCUUCUUUGUUUUUUCAGAAAUCACGGCACAGACAGAAGCCUGUGAAAUUAGGCAAGACUGGAAACCCUCAUUUCUUAGUAAUGAAGAGUUUACUCAGUUGAUGCUAGAGGUAAGAUAUCGCUCUCACAUAGGGUCCUGGCUUGUUGACUGGUGCUAUGUACUAUAACUACCAAUAUGAUUGUAAGUAAUAAAAUGUGUGAUUUUAUUACUGAAACUGGAUUGGUCGGAGUAUGGACAAAUUUUAAGCUAUUACAGACUAGGUUUGACAUCACUACCCAUCAUUUCCAAGUUAUUAUAGUCUAGAUCUGACAUUACUACCCACCAAUUCCAAGUUAUUACAGUCUAGAUCUGACAUUACUACCCAUCAAUUCCAAGUUAUUAUAGUCUAGAUCUGACAUUACUACCCACCAAUUCCAAGUUAUUACAGUCUAGAUCUGACCUCACUACCCAUCAAUUCCAAGUUAUUACAGUCUAGAUCUGACAUUACUACCCAUCAGUUCCAAGAUAAUACAGUCUAGAUCUGACAUUACUACCCACCAAUUCCAAGUUAUUACAGUCUAGAUCUGGCAUUACUACCCACAAUUUCCAAGUUAUUACAGUCUAGAUCUGACAUUACUACCCAUCAAUUCCAAGAUAAUACAGUCUAGAUCUGACAUUACUACCCAUCAAUUCCAAGUUAUUACAGUCUAGAUCUGACAUUACUACCCACAAUUUCCAAGUUAUCACAGUCUAGAUCUGACCUCACUACCCAUCAAUUCCAAGUUAUCACAGUCUAGAUCUGACAUUACUACCCAUCAGUUCCAAGAUAAUACAGUCUAGAUCUGACAUUACUACCCACAUUUAAAAGUUAUUACAGUCUAGAUCUCCACUAGUUAUUACAGUCUAGAUCUGGCAGUCUAGAUCUGACAUUACUACCCACAAUUUCCAAGUUAUUACAGUCUAGAUCUGACAUUACUACCCAUCAGUUCCAAGAUAAUACAGUCUAGAUCUGACAUUACUACCCAUCAUUUAAAAGUUAUUACAGUCUAGAUCUGACAUUACUACCCACCAAUUCCAAGUUAAUACAGUCUAGAUCUGACAUUACUACCCAUCAUUUCCAAGUUAAUACAGUCUAGAUCUGACAUUACUACCCAUCAUUUAAAAGUUAUUAUAGUCUAGAUCUGACAUUACUACCCACCAAUUCCAAGUUAUUACAGUCUAGAUCUGACAUUACUACUCACCAUUUCCAAGUUAUUACAGUCUAGUCUAGUCAUGUUUAAAGGGUUAGCAAAGACCAUAGCAUAUCUGUUUUUUAAAAAGCCAUGACAAUGGGAUUAGUAGGGAGUCUGUUACGAUAAUUGAUAAAACAUAAAUAUUAAAUAAAGACUGCUCUCAAGUUACAAUGCAGAAAAUGUAAAUUAAGAGAAAAAUAAAUUAUGUAGAUGCCCUUCCCUAAUUUUGUUAUGCAGUGUUAUGUACCAGUGUAUGCCAACUUGUGUGCACGAGAAGUCGCUGCCAGUAUUACCUUAGUCAUCAAGCUAAUUUAUUCCAAGACAUAAUGAUUCUUGCUCAGAGUAACAGCAUUCUUCUUGUCUCUGUGGGUUUUUUUUUUAACUUGGGCAAGUGGAGGCAAAAUAUGUCAACAACUGAAGAGAUUGUUUUCCUUGUAGAAAAGGGAGUGGGUAGAACUGGCACAAGCAAUGCUGCCAUUAUUGUGGUAAUAGGAAGAGCACUUGAGGACGCUGCACUGUGGGAGCAGCUUGCCUGCAGGGUAUUGUCAGCUUGGCAGCACCUUGGCCAGAGCAGGCUGGAAACUUUCAAUCCAAAAAGCAAACCCAAGUUAAAGGGACACUCCAGUGACCAAAUACAAAAAAAAAAAAAAAAUCAAUGUUUAGUAGAUAUACCCCUAAAGAAAGCAUGCAUGCAUUUAUUUAUGCAUAUUUGUUUGCAUUGGUGUUAGGUAUAAAAACAGGUUGUCUUGUCUGCAGCCUUUGCAGACCAUCCCCUUAAAACGCAGCUUAGACUUUCUGUGGCUGUCCAAUCACAGACUUCCCAGCAAAAUGCAGCUCAAUGAGAAGUCUUUGCAAGUCUGAACAAUUGACCACCUCUCGAGUUUAGCUCCACUGUGCUAAACAAAUCAGGUAGUAGCAUGAACAGUUGUCUGAUUUACGGCCAGGUGGUGUAACACAGUUUACUUAUACAUGUGCCAAUUUCUCUGGAAAUCUGCAGUUUUUGUAAAAUAAAAAAAAAGAGGACACACUUUUUGCACAUAAAGCAAUUCAGCAAGCUAAAGUGCUUUAGGCGUCUGGAGUGUCCCUUUAAAUGCCUUCUAAAGCAAAUAUAGACUAUCACUGCCCCUACAAGCUCUGACGGCUGAUUAUGUCCAAAGUAGUCAAUAAUGUACCUAGUAUUUCUGCAUAGAGAGCCUAUUGAGGCGCACAGAGCAUGUCUGUCAAGUCCUAAAUCCUUCUAACUUAAAUUAGAACUUUACAAGUCACAGAAGUGAGAAUAAUAUAUGGCAGGUCAGUUACACUGUAUCAUCACAAACAUCUUAAAAACACAUUACUUCAACUUUUUCUAUGCUGUAAUAAGUAUAACAUUUAUAAAAAAGUGUCAGGUUUUCUAAAAAGCAUAUUUAAUAUAGGAAAUUCAACAUAGAAUAGAAUCGUCUGUGAAACAUUUGUUGCUUCUGCAAGCCAUAUGACAUAGUAAAUCUGGCUUUAGGAGACUCGGAAAAGAACCAUAUUUCUUCGAAAGAUAAACACAGGAAUUAAUCAUGGAUAGAGCAGUCAUAUUAAUCGGUGCAGUCUAGAACUGAAAAUAGAAAGUCAAAUGAGGGAAAAUAAUCUGGGGAGUGGGGGGAGAAUGGGAUAAAGGUCAAGACCUACUGACCUAUAAGAACCCAAUCCGAAUUUAGCUACUUAAACCAAUAAUAAUUAAUGCUGUCUCAAGGGUGCUUUAGUCUUCAAUGAAAAUCCUACAGAGUUAUCUACAUGUGUAAAUAUACAACUGUAUAGCCGCAACAUGGUGCACCAGGCAUCCCCUUGGUUUGGGUGAUUUGCUUAGCCAAGUAUAUGGUUGGACAUCUUUAUCUAUAUUUUUUCACUCUCUGAAAACUCUCCCGGAGGAGAGGAAAACUGGAAUCUGGUCCCAAACCGAGACAUUGCCACCAAAUCCCAGAUUUUCUGGAGGUCUCUUUAAAAGCCUGUUCAGCAUGAAUGAAGCAUAGCAGAGAGUGCAGAAAACAUAAAAACAUAACAAUAACAUUUUAGGAAUUAAAAGCUAUCUAAAAUGUGCCUAAUGUUUUUUGUUUUCUUUUUAAGUACAAUCCAACAUUAGUUUCCAAUAGACGCUUCCCCGUUAAUACAACUUUUAUAGUAUGUGACAUUUAAUAUUAUUGGUUAAUUAGGGUAAUCAGUAUUGUAAAUAUUACUAAUGCACAUAAAAAAGUUAAGAUACAUUUCAAAUUCAGCAUUCCAAAAAAAAGUGACUUCCAGGCUGAUACGAAAUAAACAUAUUCAUCAAAUAACUCAAUCAAAGUGACAUAUCUCAAGAUCCCUUCUUUGUCCAUGCAAAGCUCUACAAGAACAGACGAUAGAUAGCUAAAAUGUUCUGCAAGUAUACCAUUGAUGUAUGUGUUUGCCAAAAAUAUGGACUGGUGACUGAGCCGGUAAACAUCUUGAUUUGGUUUGUUCACUGGAGAUAUACUGAAAAACAGAAUAUCUUUUAGUUCCGGAGUAUGGUGGUUUCUUUGUCAGCUGCUAUUGAGAACGGUUGGGGGUUAACAAGAGAAAAGAGUCAGAUUUGCCUUGCUCCUUUAAUAGAUUAAGGCCCUCUGUAUCUAAACCAGUUUUAAUCCUAUUUACCUUUAAGCGCAGAUUUAAGUAGUGUCAUUUUCUGUUGUCUAAGGAUGCCAGGUUACAUAAAAUUCUUUGUUCUGUCUAAGUUAUAAGACGCAUGCAUUCUAUAUAAUGCAUUAGAACUUUUCACAUUAAUUCAUUUCUACAGAGGUAAGGUCUCACGGAGAAAGUAAAAUAUUUGUAGACAAUGAUGACAAAAUUUGGGCUAAUUUUCAGGCUGAUAUUCAUGGGAAACGAUUGCUGUAGCAAUCUAGUUCUCAAACCAGUCAUCAAACGCCAACAGUGCCGGAUUAAAGGAUUACUUAAUUCUGUUCCAAUUUAGUUAUUGAUAAAACCAGGUCUCUAAGUGUGAGAACAACUGCUUCAACUUAUGUCCCAACAUACAAGAUAUCUGGUGUUGAACUGUAAUGGUUGUAACAUUCUACGUGAGGAAGUUGGUUAGACGUCCAUGCACAUCUAGACUACCAUGACACUGAUCACACAAGCUCUGUAGAAGCAGCAUCGGUUAAUACUUCUGCAUAUGCAUAGUAUCAGAUUGCACAUGCAGAGAAUGUUUCUCAGAUAUAUAUAUAUAUGAAACCAGAGGGCUGCACUCACCUGAACAUGCAUAAAUGGGGUGCUGCUGGGGGCCAAUUUAUACACUUAUCCAUCAAACAGCAACUUCAAUGCUGACAGAUUGUGUUUGCUUUUUUAAAAACACCUAAUCUAGGCAAAAAUAAUGGGGGUUUAGUUACAUUAUAUGAUCAUACAUUGCAUAAGCCUGCCACAACAUCAAUGUACCCCAUCUUUGGCAGGUCCUACUCUAACAGCCUAAUGUCUGCUCUUAUGAGAUUAACCCACUUACUUGGGGGGAAAAUUCCAUCUGGGGCUCUCUACAGUACAAAUCUAAAUAGGGCCCUGGGAUGAGGCACUUGUGACAGGGAGGGGUGCAAAACCAAGGAGUUGGCCUGGACUCCCAAAUAAAUGAAUGAAACAAGAGGGCUGCACUUACCUGAAGAUGCAUACAAGAGCAGGCAUUAGGAUGCUAGAGUUGGACCUGCCAAGAAUGGGAUACAUUGGCAUUGUGGCAUAUAACGAGGGGAUACGUAAAGAGAGGGAAAAAGACAUAGGGACUUGGUCCCAAGUCAGAAUUGGCCCAUCUGAAACCAAGACAUAUGCCACGGUUGUGGAGAUAAGUCCAACAUCCUAGAACAAAAGAACUUUAGUCAUCAAAACUGUGAACACACUGGGAUAUCAGUAUAUUGAGAACUGAAAAAUAUAACUGAGUUUUAGAAUUAUUCUAGAAUACUGAUGCAGUGUUUUAUGUAUGUAUGUAUUUAUUUAUUCAUUUUAGUUAAAUUUAUUGUUUUUACAUAAAAGUCAAACAAGUUAUGGAUCUCAAAAUCACAUUACGUGUAUCGGUAGAUUAUACAAGAUUAUGAAUCUGAUAUGACAUAGAGCUUCACAGCAAAUAAUCGAUUAUAUAGUUUCCCUUUCAAACAUGAUUUUGUUUUAAAUGUGUGUGCACUGUGUAUGUUUAUGGGGCUACUGAAAAAAAAGCCAUAGUUUCCGCUGAAUUACCUUAAACAUCGCCUGUCUUCCCUAUCUCAUCUUGUGUUUCUGCAUGAGAUAGAUUUGAGUAUUUUUAACAUUAUUUCUUAGAAUGCUGGCACUUUUAUAACUGAGUGAUAAGGAUCUGACAGUUAGAAUGGUAGAGAGCUGCCAAGUGUUAAAGGGAAUGGUAUAACACUGACCAUUAGAAAGCUAUGCAUCUGACAUUGCAUAAUGAUGUUCUAUAAAAUAAUAAUACGGAGGUGACACUCGGAGCUCAGUCAUGAGAAUAAUAACUUGAGAUUGUCAAAUUAUACUGAUAGUGCAUGGAGCUGUUCCAAUAUUGAAGUACUGUGUCAUUUUUUUUUUUUACAUUCUUCUACACUUAUUAUAAUUGCUUCUUAAAAUAGAUCCAGUUAAACAUAAAUUAUUGGUAUAUUUUAUAUAAAUUCUUUGGUGGGUUUCGUGUCUGAAAACCAGCUAUAGAGUUUGGAUUAACUGUAUUUUUUUUCCUGUGAAUUAGGCACUUGAUGGCUUUCUUAUUGCACUAACCACUGAUGGAAUGAUCAUUUAUGUGUCCGACAGUGUUUCAUCGCUUCUUGGCCAUUUACCGGUAAGUUUGGUUCUUUUCAUCAAUGUACUCAAUACACAUAGGAUUGUGGAGAAUUUACAUGGGAAUUGCAAAAAUGUAUUAUGCUCUAGCUGAACUAGAAUAUAGCAGAACGGGAGAAUGUUUUUAUUUAAGAUUCUUUUUUGCUUAAAAUUUUGAAUUGCCUUUUCAGUUCUCCUCUGUUUCUGGAUAAUAAUAUUUUUUUAUUUAUUUUUUUGGUAAUAAUAUAUGUUUAUUAUUUGGUUUAUCCAUAUAAUCCAUUCUAUAAGUAUCAUGUGUCUUCUCUAACUAUUCCAAUACCUUCAUGAACAUGACAAAGCAUUCUUUUGUACCAGUCAGAUUUGGUGGACCAAAAUAUAUUAAAUUUUCUCCCGGAAAGGGAACAUGGUGAAGUUUACAAACUGCUGGCUCCACACAUUCUCAUGACGGAACCUAGCACGCCAGACUUUUUCAACAGUAAGUAUUGUAUUCAUCUUGCCAUCAAGUAUUCUAUGUUAUUGAUAUACUGUGAGCAGGACAUAAUGACCACAGGCACGAGAACUAUGGGUUUAAUAUAUAAUAACAGACAGAUUAACCUACCCCUUAGAACUUACUGUCAGUCUGAGAAAGUAAAAAAAUGCCCAUCACCAAUGGCAGAGGACACCUAUGAGAAUGGGUGAGUGGUCAGUUGACGGACAGGCAGACUGAUGGUGGACGGACAAAUCAGCUUUGAGUUGGAGGUGACUUAAGAAGGCGGACUAGCGUAGUGGUGAAUUUUUUACAUCUAAAUUCUUGUUUAAGGGCAAGAGAUUAAAUGAAAAAUACGUGUAGUUAGAAUUACUUGACGGGAUUUUGUCCGUGUGUAGUGCUGUCUUGAGGCGAAUGCCAGCCUGUCUGUUCUGUAAAACUGAUGAGGAUGUAUAUAUACAUUUAAUUAUGAAGUGUGGAGAAUUGGCAAGUGAAUUGCAAAGUCGGAUUUGUGGCAUUUUUUACAAUUGACCUAAUUUGGUCUAAAAUGUAUAAUUCACUUCUCAACAGACCACAGUUCUCAGUUUAGUGCAUUGGUAAACCAUGAUUAGAAUACUUCAUAUGAAGGGAUUAAUUUACCAAAUUGGUAAUUGUGAUUGAGAUUAAUAAAAGGGCUCAUAUAUGUUAGUAAAGAUGAACGUAAUAACGUAGAGUUAAUGCUUACUGGUGUGUAGAGUGCAUGCACAUCCCACAAUGCACUCUACCUGCCCAUUGAAGCUACAGAUCCCAUAAUGCUCUGCAACUGUGCAUUGAAGUAACAGAAAUGUAAACAAUGGCUUAUUAAUGAGCCACACUAUACCCAACUCAGGAUCUGUUUGGAAUUCUGAGCUAAGUAAUAAUAAGUAAAAAAGUAAAUUUUAGAAAUGCUACAGAAAUGUGAAAUUUAAUUGUUUGUACAGCAAGUGGAAGAAGAGAGGCAUACACCUCAAAAUAAGUUAAGCAUCUGUAAUCCCAUUCCCAACUCUAACCAAAUAACCUGAUUUUUUCUUUCUCGUAGAUGAAAAACAAGUGGAAUUUUGCUGUCAUUUAGCAAGAGGAAGCCUGGAUCCUAAUGAGCCUCCGACUUAUGAAUAUGUCAAAUUUGUUGUAGAUUUUAAGUUUUUUACUCAUGGUGAGUACUGUUGAAUGAUUGUCACAUCUAUGUAUACACGUCUCACUGUAGAUGGUUAUUUGUGAUAUGAUCUGCUUACCCAGGACACCGCAGAAAUUCAGGGAAUUCGUACAAAUUAAAUAUUUUUUUUCACAGAAACAAACUGUGUGUAAAUGAAAUAUCUAUUCACUAUAGAAGAUAAAAACCAAUGCAGUGGAAGAGUUCAGUAUGGUUAGGCACUAAUGACCAGAACAGGAAAUGAAAUCAACAAUCCCUCCACAUUUAUAGGAAAUAGAUAGAUUCGAUGGGCCAAUCGGCUUUUCUCUACUGACAUCAUUAAUGAUGUUUAUUCACUGACUCCGAAUCGUAGUCAACUGAAAACCAUUUGCAAAAUUUAGACAAAAAAUAUUUGGAAAAAAUCUCCAAACUUGCUUAUAGCUUAACUAUUUUUUAACUUGAAUUUUGCAGUUAGAUUUUCAGUUUAAGUCAAACAUGUAAUUCUAACAAAACAUGUUUGACAUACGGGAAUAGUAAGUAAAGAGGGCCCUGGCGAAACCAGUUUAGAAUCUAAACAUAUGUAUCAUAUUUAUUUCGGUUUUAUUACAUUCUAACCAGUUAGAAUGCACAGCCAACAUUUGUUGUCAACUGAUAACAUGCCCUUACAAUACCGAUACAUAAUCAGUGACUUGUCGCCUGGGUAUCAUUGUAAUGACUAAUCAAACUAUCCCUAAUGUUUACGUGAUUCAUGCCACUAUUUAUUUCUUCAUAACAUUUAGCAUUAGUAAUUAGCAUUUUUAUACCAGGAAACACCCAUCUCUAACAUAACUUAAUAUCUAUUUCUAUAGGAAGUUAAUCUAUUGCAUUAAUAAUAUAAUAUGUCUGAUUGGCCAGCAGUAAUUCUAUUUUAAAGGAUUUUAAAAUGAAAUUAAAUUUUUACCCCAGAAUACGCCAACUGAAAACAUAUCAGACUUGGAAAUUUAUUUCCAUUUCACCUAUUUAGCUUAAAUAUUGAAAUUUACUUUCAAAUCCCGACAGCCACAUUUUAGUGAAUAUCUGUUUUCAAUUUUCAAUAGUUCUCAUUUUACAUAUACUUUUUUGUUUAAAAUAUUAGGGAUAGGGCUGUGGUUUGUAGCAACGCAUAGUACAAUCUUGAAUGUUCAGAAAAUGAAAUAAAUAUUUUUUUUCUUUUUAAAUUGUGGGGGUUCACUGUCCCUUUAAACGCAUGUCUGAAGAACAUUUACCAUCAUAGAUCAUGUUAUCGAAGAAUAAUGAACUAACUCUCACUAAGACCUAACUCGCUGUCGUAGUAUGUAGAGGGCACGAUAAGAUCAUGCAAGAUGUGUAAUACACCUGAACUGCUGACAGGACAUCUUGCGUGUGAUCCCUGUAAGAAAUGCAAUUACAUUUUUUUGUUGUUGAUGUGGUUGUCUGUCGCAUUGAAUUGCAGUGCCUACAUCUUCAUAUAAUGGCUUCGAGUCUGCUGUUGCAAGGGCAUUUCGGUCAGCCAAUGAGGAGCAGAUAUGUCUGGUAGCCACAGUUCGUCUUGUCACUCCACAGUUUCUGAAGGUAAGCGGACAGUAACAUGGUAUGGUAAUGAGAUGGAUUGUGAGCUGCAGCAAAUCCAGUUUCAGAGCUAUUUUAAGAAUUGUUUUCAUGUGCAAUACCUGUGCGGGAAAGGGGAUGUACCAUUCUCUCUUGGUUUUAAUAGAAUACAGAUUAUUUUUGUCCUUCAGCAGGAUCUUCUAAGAUCAUUUAUUCUUAAUGUAAGAUCCUCCAGUAUGUAUAUAGAAUUAUUACUAUUAGAAGAUGUACUUAGUACAGGCAAUCCUCCAGGAGCUGUUAAUUAUAAUACCAUGAUACCCAAAUAUCCACAGGACAAAAGAUGAGAAUCUUUUGAGUUGCAGUCAAAAGUGUCUAUGGAACAUGGUUGAUAUAUUAUUGCAGCUGUCAAAGAGUUACAAUUUGGGCACCUGUACUCUAAAUAAAGUAGUGGCCAACGUCAUUUAUUUGUUUGUCUCCUUACACACCCUUGGCACUGCCAACACCAUCAAGUGUCAGUUAAAGUUCAUGUUUUAUAGUUACAUUAUUCUAUCAUAAAAGUGAUUGGUAAGCUGAGUCUGAAAUACGCUAAAAGACUAUUAUAUUAUAUUUGUUUUAUAAAAACUGAUUUACUUGCUUUAGUCAACAUUGAAUAUAUUAAAAAAACAAAAGCACUGCAUUUGUUUUGUUUUGUAGGAAUUGUGCAACAUUGAAGAACCGUGCGAAGAAUUCACAUCAAGGCACAGUUUGGAAUGGAAAUUUCUGUUUUUGGACCAUAGGUAAUUUUCACAACUUUAAUUUCCUCUUAAUCUAUUAUGUUGACAAUAUUUGCAGUACACUAUACAAUAUCUCACAAAAGUGAGUACACCCCUCACAUUUUUGUAAAUAUUUUAUUAUAUAUUUUCAUGUGACAACAUUGAAGAAAUGACACUCUGCUACAAUGUAAAGUUGUAAGUGUACAGCCUGUAUAACAGUGUAAAUUGCUGUCCCCUCAAAAUAACUGAACACACAGCCAUUAAUGUCUAAACCGUUGGCAACAAAAGGGAGUACACCCCUAAGUGGAAAUGUCCAAAUUAGGCACAAAGUGUCAAUAUUUUGUGUAGCCACCAUUAUUUUCCAUCACUGCCUUAACCCUCAUGGACAUGGAGUACACCAGAGCUUCACAAGUUGCCACUGGAGUCCUCUUCCACUCCUCCAUGACGAAAUCACAGAGCUGGUGGAUGUAUGCUUUUGCCCAUCGUGCUGCAGCUCAGUUUCAGGGUCUUGGCAAUCUUCUUAUAGCGUAGGCCAUCUUUAUGUAGAGCAACAAUUCUUUUUUUCAGAUUCUCAGAGAGUUCUUUGCCAUGAGGUGCCAUGUUGAACUUCCAGUGGCCAGUAUGAGAGAGUGUGAGAGCGAUAACACCAAGUUUAACACAUCUGACACCGGGGAGGGAAAAUGGCUGAUUGGGCCCAAGUUGGACAUUUCCACUUAGGGGUUUACUCACUUUCGUUGUCAACGGUUUAGACAUUAAUGGCUGUGUUGAGUUAUUUUGAGGGGACAGCAAAUUUACACUGUUAUACAGGCUGUACACUUACUACUUUACAUUGUAGCAGAGUGUAAUUUCUUCAGUAUUGUCACAUGAAAACAUAUAAUAAAAUACUUACAAAAAUGUGAUAGGUGUACUCCACUUUUGUAAGAUACUGUAUGUUUUAGAAAUUCAAAUUUGGCAAAUACAGACAAUUUGACCUGGUGCUAUGGUACUGAAGGAUGAUAAUUAUUGUUUAAAACUUAUGCAAACUCUUUAUUUAAAGGUUUGUGAGAUAUUUUAUCAAACUCCAUGGGUGCAAAUAAUAUGCCUAUUAGAAAAUAUUGGGCUAAACCCUCCAUAACUCCGCUGUGACCAGAAUUUAAAUUCUCGUUGAAUUCCUAACAGUUGAGACCUAUUGAAUAACCAUGAAGGUUUUAUUUUUUAAAUCCUGACGAUUGUUAUUUUUGGUAUUUUACGGUUUUAUUUGUUGAGCAGGGAGUAUAAGACGUACAAAUUAUACACUUGUUCUUCAUAAAAUCCAGUGUUGCUCUCUCAUUUGUUUUGCCAUAUUGGUUUUUGCCAGAUAUAACUCACUAUAAACACUGAAUGAAGUAAGAUGUGUCAGAUGACCACACCUUUAAGCACAUAUACACACCCAAAUCAAGGAUAUUUUGCUGUGUCUGAAUGGGCUGGAGGAAUAGAGAGAGGUGUGGAUGUUCCACUGAAGAAUGUUACAAGUUAACAACUACAAAAUGGUUAAUUAUACAAAGAGCACAGUUAAAAUGAACACCCUCCCAUCCUGUUUCACAAUAUAUUUACUGCGUAUCGCUCACUGGUAAUGAAACACGUACCAGCACAUAGUGGUUUCAGUCAUAUUGGAUUUUUUUGCCAAAUGUCACUUUUUUGUUUGUUUGUUUAUUAGAUUUAACUUCCUAAAAAAUGCUUACUGUAAACUAUAUGUUAAUUUACUUUUAUUUGUCCAAGAGUUUUAUAGUUCUAAAACACAUUUUAAGUUUUUUUUUUACAUUGACUAUUUUUCUUCCUCUUUGUACAGUCAUUGAGCAGUUUGCGUGUUGUAGUGGUUAUGGUCCAGGAAUGCCCCCCCACUGUAAGUAGUCAAACCAUUUUAGAAAGGUUUGAUAGAAAGGUUUGACUUCUAACCUAGGGUUUGCAAUGCACCGCUUCCCACCUCCACUAUAUCCGACAGAGAAGCUCUCUAUCUGAUUAAGCCUUAGCUCACUGGCUGAUGUUCUCACCCAACAAGCAAGCCCUGCACUUCUUGGAUUAGCUCAGGAGCUCUAACAAAUGCUCCUAGGCAGGAGCUUCAAUUUCUCAGUGUAGCAUAGGUGGAGAACCAUUCCGAAAUAGUUUGACUACUUACAAUGGGUGGGUUCCAGCACAUGGUACAUGGUGAUUCAUGUAAAUUAUCCAAUAGCAUUUUAUGGGAUGUAGAAGUCUGGCAUUAGUUUAUUGACAUCAGUAUACCCUCUGGUCAUUGACCAUGGCCUAAACUCAAGUUGUAAAAUGAUUAAAUAUUUAAUCACUAUCCCUUUGAUGCCUCCCUGACACUUUAAACUUUACUGAACAAGACACACAUUAAAAACAGGAUAUUUACCAGUAAUAUAGAGCUACGUCUGUUAUGUAGUUUGUUUGAAAUACUAACUGUUCCUUUUAUACUAAGGCAUAUUCUCCUCUUUAACCUUUUUUUUUAUUUUACUUAAUGUUUAACAAUAUGGCAAGUACGGCUUUAAAUUAAGCAUAAUGUUCAACUGAUAAAUAUGCAGGUAGAAUACUUCAUAGUUUUACUGGCAAACAGGAGAACAGAAUGUUCUAACAACAGGUUGUAUAUAGAGCAAAUGUGAAAUCUAGAUCUUAACACUUUUUAUAUAUUGGCUUAGUUUUACAAUAUAUGAAUACUGGCUCAAGAUUGAUUUAUUUUUUUCCAUUUUAAAUUUUUAUUUUUUUUCAUGGAUAAAAAUAAGGAGGCGGUACAAAAGAGAAGAAGGGUGGGAGGGGAGCAGAAUCACAAUAUUACGUUAUUAAGACAUCUCGUAGUGCAAGAAUGGCAAUACAUCAAACAUUGGUACAUGUAGUAUGAUCUAAAUAGUAGCACAAGUCUAAUAAAUACAGCAAAAAAUAUCACAUUUGGGUAUUGAGGAUCAACAUUUCACAUUUCCCUUAGUUGACAGGUGUGAGAGACCAUAUUUGCCUCCUACAGACUUACAGAUCUCUCGUGGUGUUGACCAAGAGAUAUAGACAGGUUCAAGCUAACUGUUUCAUAUAUUUUCUGUGAUAUAGAUACCCGUGUUACAAGAGUGGAAGCUAUGAGAAAUAUACAGUCAGGUCCAUAAAUUUCAGGACAUCGACACAAUUCGAAUCUUUUUGGCUCUAUACACCAACACAAUGGGUUUGAAAUGAAACAAACAAGAUGUGCUUUAACUGCAGAGUUUCAGCUUUAAUUUGAUGGUAUUUACAUCCCAAUCAGGUAAACUGUGUAGGAAUUACAAUUGUUUGUAAAUGUGCCUCCCACUUUUUAAGGGACCAAAAGUAAUGGGACAGAUUAACAGUCAUAAAUCAAACUUUCACUUUUUAAUACAUGGUUGCAAAUCCUUUGCAGUCAAUUACAGCCUGAAGUCUUGAACGCAAAAACAUCACCAGACGCUGGGUUUCAUCCCUGGUGAUGCUUUGCCAGGCCUCUACUGCAACUGUCUUCAGUUCCUGCUUGUUCAUGGGGCAUUUUCCCUUCAGUUUUGUCUUCAUCAAGUGAAAUGCAUGCUCAAUCGGAUUCAGGUCAGGUGAUUGACUUGGCCAUUGCAUAACAUUCCACUUCUUUCCCUUAAAAAACUCUUUGGUUGCUUUUGCAGUAUGCUUCAGGUCAUUGUCCAUCUGCACUGUGAAGCGCCGUCCAAUGAGUUCUGAGGCAUUUGGCUGAAUAUGAGCAGAUAAUAUUGCCCGAAACACUUCAGAAUUCAUCCUGCUGCUUUUGUCAGCAGUCACAUCAUCAAUAAAUACUAGAGAACCAGUUCCAUUGGCAGUCAUACAUGCCCACACCAUGACACUACCACAACCAUGCUUCAUUGAUGAGCUGGUAUGCUUUGGAUCAUGAGCAGUUCCCUUCCUUCUCCAUACUCUUCUCUUCCCAUCACUCUGGUACAAGUUGAUCUUGGUCUCAUCUGUCCAUAGGGCGUUAUUCCAGAACUGUUAAGGCUUUUUUAGAUGUUGUUUGGCAAACUCUAAUCUGGCCUUCCUGUUUUUGAGGCUUACCAGUUGUUUACAUCUUGUGGUAAACCCUCUGUAUUCACUCUGGUGAAGUCUUCUCUUGAUUGUUGACUUUGACACACAUACACCUACCUCCUGGAGAGUGUUCUUGAUCUGGCCAACUGUUGUGAAGGGUGUUUUCUUCACCAGGGAAAGAAUUCUUCGGUCAUCCACCACAGUUGUUUUCCGUGGUCUUCCGGAUCUUUUGGUGUUGCUGAGCUCACCGGUGCGUUCUUUCUUUUUAAGGAUGUUCCAAACAGUUGAUUUGGCCACAGCUAAUGUUUUUGCUAUCUCUCUGAUGGGUUUGUUUUGUUUUUUCAGCCUAAUGAUGGCUUGCUUCACUGAUAUAGUGACAGCUCUUUGGAUCUCAUAUUAAGAGUUGACAGCAACAGAUUCCAUAUUCAAAUAGUACACUUGAAAUGACCUCUGGACCUUUUAUCUGCUCCUUGUAAAUGGGAUAAUGAGGGAAUAACACACACCUGGCCAUGGAACAGCUGAGCAGCUAAUUGUACCAUUACUUUUGGUCCCUUGAAAAGUGGGAGGCACAUAUACAAACUGUUGUAAUUCCUACACCGUUCACCUGAUUUGGAUGUAAAUACCCUCACAUUAAAGCUGAAAGUCUGCAGUUAAAGCACAUCUUGUUCAUUUCAUUUCAAAUCCAUUGUGGUGGUGUAUAGAGCCAAAAAGAUUAGAAUUGUGUCGAUGUCCAAAUAUUUAAGGACCUGUCUGUACAUCAGUAGGUUGGCUAAGUAGCCCCCGAUCUCCACGUGUCCUACACGGACCAGGCCUAUCCUCAAAGGGGGAAAGACCGAGGGGAGGCCACUUUCGUAGCUAUGUUGUCUGUCUAUGUCUGCUACUAUGCAGGUAGUGUCGGAGGGGGGCUCAAGAUUUUAAAUGGAAAGCAUCACAUUCACUCUUUUUAACUGGACCACUGAAUUAUUUUUGACGUUUUUAAAAAUUUAGUAAUAUUUUCUGAAAGUUUUAGUGAGUGUGUAAAAGUGUGCAAGCCGAACCCCAAGGAUUAAAGGGAUACUGUAGGCACCAAAACAACUUUAGGUUAAUGAAUCAGUUUUGUUGUAUAGAUCAUGCCCCUGCAGAUGCACUGCUCAACUCUGUCAAUUAUGAGAUAAAUCACUUUUGUGUCUGUUUAUGCAGCCCCUCUCUUCUAACUGUGACUGACACAGCCUGCAUGAAAAAUAAGUUGGAUUUUUAGUGAGUACUGUUUGUUUAUUUUAGAAGUUAUUAUCUCCUGCUCUUCAAAUUGAACUUUAAUCAUGCACAGGAUGCUCCUGCAGGCUCUAGCAGCCAAUUAACAGAGCACAAGAUAAGAAAUUCGACGUUAAACACACUGUGUAAUAGAGGAAGUUUAAACAUUAGUUCUUUCUUUAUAGGAAAUGUGUAGUGAGGCUGUGUAGUUCACAUGCAGGCAGGUGUGGCUAAGGCUGCAGAAAUAAAGCAAUUUAACUCCUAAAUGGCAGGGAAUUGAAUAGUGAGACUGUAGUGGCAUGGUCUAUACACCAAAACAAUCCCAUUAAACUAAAGUUGCUUUGGUGCUUAUAUUUUCCCUUUAAUGUGUUAAGUAAAAACACCUGCCUCUGAUAAAGGAAACUAAUUAUUUUAUACUGAUAUGGAUGAAGGCUUACAAAAACAUUAGUGCUUCAUGAGGCUAUAUUAGUCUGGCCACACAAUAAUCUAGCCACAUCUAGAGUCUCUACUCUGAGAGUACCCCGACAUCUGGCUCCUGGAAGGUUCAUGACAAGUCUUUUAUUUGGUCUGAAGGAAGCAAGAUUACACAUCAGCACAAUAUUUAUGACACUAGUUAUAAACCGCUCUGUGAUACCUAUUCAUUUUAGGGAGACCGUGAAGUAGUUGAGAGGGCUAUAGGAGGAAGUGUUUGUCACAAUGGGUUGUAAUGCAAUUCGUAUGUCCGAUUAACUUGAGAGGUCAACUGUGCCGACUAGUAGAAGCUCUUUUUUCUGUUUUUACUGGUCCCAAUAACAUGAAGUCACUACAAAUAAGACCUUUGAUGAGAGUGUCAUCCAUAGUUUUGUCCAUAAAAUGUACAUGAUAUUAUAUAUGCAGUUCUUCAAAAAAUCCUUAAAAACACACGUUUUCAGUAGCCUACCAGCUCACCCUUUAACCCCUUAAUGACACAUGACAUGUGUGACAUGUCAUGAUUCCCUUUUAUUCCAGAAGUUUGGUUCUUAAGGGAUUAAAGGAACACUAUAGUGUCUGGAAAACAAACCUGUAUUCCUGACAUUAUAGAUGUAAAAGCAUUGUUUAGGUUCCCCGCUCCCCCUUCCUUACUUUCAAAAAGGCACUUAAACUCUCCUUUCCUCCAGCACCGCGCCAGUCUCAUUUCUUCUGACCAUGCUUCCAUGGCUGAGACUAUCAAAUUUGACAAUCUCAGCCAAUCCAAGCUUUCCCAUAGGCAAAUAGCAUCUCAACACCUCUUCAUACAGAUUUGUUGAAUCAGUGCAUCUCUGUGGGAUCGUUCAGCGGGGAGACGCUGAAUGUCAGUGCUGCACACUCUGUGACUGCCACUAGAGGUGUUCCUAGGCACCAAUGUAUACACUUGCCUUUCUCUGACAACUCAGUGUUUACAUUAAAAAGACUGCAGGGAUUGAUUAUACUCACACAUUAAGCUGUAGUUGUUCUGGUGACUAUAGGGUCCCUUUAACUUCUCAUCCUUUAUAAUCUUCUAUCUUCUGUACUCGCUUUUUAAAAACACCCCUCCUAUCCUUUCAGGUAUAUAAAGAUCUUUGGAUUCCCCAAUUCCCUCUGUUUAUUUAUUCCUCAUCCUUUUAGAUUGCAAGCUUACUUGGGCCAGAAACAAAAUAUCUAAACGUAUUGCAGAUAUUAUACCAAUUUAGAGAUUGUUUUAUAGUAUAGUUGAGCUAUAAGACGGGUAAGACCAGGGGUUCCAACCCAGUCCUCAAGUGUUUUUUUUAUCUUUCUUACUAAAAACACCCUAGACACAACUGGGUAAUCCCUAAAUCCUGGACUGUUAGGGAGCAUGUGAGGACUGGGUUGAGAACCACUGGGUUAGACGCAUUUAGGUAGAAUUCGGGAGGGACGUUAAUGACAUUUAAAUGUUUUAAUAAGGAACAUACAAUGGGAGGUGUAAUAUAAUUACUUCUUUUAAAAGUCAGAGUACUAUUUUACUUUGUUUGCCAAUAAAAUACAUCGGAAACAUUUCAUCACAUGCCACAUCUAUGAUUGUUGUAUUGUGUAUCGCAUUAUAAUUAGUGUGCUUGUACUGAAAUUUCUCUUUGUUAGUACACAGAGUUUCCUUAACCUUUUCCCCGUAUUGCAAGCUGGAAAACAGACUACAGUAAUUAUAUACAUGUCUUACAAUUUCAUUAGGGCAAUGAUGGCUAACUUUUGAUCUGGUGGAAAAUGUGAUAUUAACAUUGUUAAAUUCUUCUCAUUCAAAGACAGGGGCUGACAAUUUAAAAAUAUUUCAAUAAAAUACCAAAUUUGUCUAAACACAUUCACAUAAAAAAAUAAAAUUUGUGCGAUUUAAUUUAUAAAAGUCUAAAGUAAUGUUAACCAAAACACCUAAACCCUUUCACUAGCCCUGUGGCACUCUAAUCUGGGCUUAUAUUUUGACAGACAUCUGUCGGUAUAGGGUCACUUAAAGAACAGUACAGGGCAGUUAAAACAUAACAGACAUAAAUCAUUUAUAGAAUAUGUACCUCUAAUUUAAAGAUUUUCGGGGCUCAGCCAGAGACAUUGUAGUCGCUUUAAAGAAUUUGUUAUUCCAGGAACAAGCUUUUGAUGGUGGGCCUUAUACACCUGGGGACCCCUUCACAUAUCAUACCUGGCCAAUAGUGCUGUGUGUUAUAGUGGUUGGAAUUGUUUGUGUCUAUUCUCUACCCUUUAGCUCUGGGCAAAUGCUCACAUUGCCUUUUUGAUAAAGCCUCCAUGUCUGGUUACUGCAAACCACACAUAUAUUUCCAAAACUUAAACACCGGUUUACAGUUUCCAUGCCUACAGACACGUUAGAUGCAAAUUCAACUCUAUCACUGUUUUUAUUUUGUGAUAAGAGUAAUGAGGUAACCAUGUAAACAGUUUUCUAGAAAUUAUUAGUAUUAUUAUAUAUUAUUUAGCACUUGGUGCCUUUUGUGAGAAGUCAACACUUUGAAAUAUCUCUCCAAUUGUCUAUCAAGAAAUUUCCAAAGUACUGCUUUACAGAUGUCAAAAUACAAAGAAUUCAAGAAAUCUAUUCUAAUUCUUUAAAUGGCCUAAUCCAACAUACAACUUUUUACAGCAUUUAGAAAUGGUGGGGGAGUUAAUAAACUUUGUAAAUAGUUUGAAAAUUGCCCGAUUCUACCCAAACAGUGCUUUCACCCAUCCUUAUUUUCUAAAACAAUCAAUUUUUUGUACAGUAAUUUCCUCCAGAUAUUCUCUUCUAUUCAUAUUGAUUUGUAUCUUCAUGUUUGCGUUACACGGUAAAGCAUCUAUAACCAAGAUUUUCCCUCAGAAUAAAAUACAUAGUUCUUGUUUGAUAACAUACUAAUCCACACAUUUCGUUUCCAGACAGUAGAUAGAUCAAUAUGUAUAGUACACUCCUCAGGUACUUAGGAGAGAGUUCAGCUGGUUUGUAUUAUGUACUGAAGAUAAAACACAAUCCUUGUAAAGUUAGCCUUAGGUCGGCAGAUUGCCAUCAACAUUGUAGUUCAAAAGAAUUUCUGCAUGGCCUGGUAGCACAUAUCUACAAAAAGGGCCCUACUUGUUGAGGUCAUAUAAGUCAACUUAAGAUCUAUAACCCAGAACGAUAAAACUGGUCAAAGGUUUGAUUUUAUGGAGAAACACCAUGAAGGCUCUAAGGUCUAUUCACUAAACAGUCAUUUGUGGUGACUUCAGAAAAACAUAACUAAAUUGGAGACAUUUAUGUUAUGUAAUUUUAUAUAUACUUAAUUCACUGUGAGGUCCUCACAAUUCACACUUAGUGAAGAACCCUGGUUAUGUCCUGUCUUCAAAAGUAGGCUUGGGCUUCAUGUGGGAGUGGAGCAGUGUGGCAAAUGGCCAUAGCUGCAUAGCACUAAUGCCCAAUCCACUUUGUGAGCCUUAUAAACCAUCAAGUAAUUCCAAAAUAUUAUAAAACUUUUUUUUACAUUUAACUAUAGACUACUAUAGACUACUUUAAUGAUUAACCCCUUAAGGACCAAACUUCAGGAAUAAAAGGGAAUCAUGACAUGUCACACGUCAUGUGUCUUUAAAGGGUUAAAUAAUUUAACAUUUUUCUAGUUCUUCUUGAAGAUGAUAUAUAUUUGCACGUACACUGUAUAUAAGAUUUAAUAUUGCUUAUGGUUAUAAUUUAGUUUAGCUUUUUUUUAUUCCACACUGUAACUUUUUGAUUGCUCUUCUCUCUGGAUCUGUUAUAAAAGUAUUGAAUUUUUUUUUUGAUAAUUCAGUUUUAGAGUAUAAUGACAUAUGAAUGCCUAAAGGAAAGAAUGCAUUGAUUGAUUAAUCAAGGUCCCCGUUCCUGCCUUUAUUUGUAAAAUAACAAUCUUAAGUGCUUGAGAGGCUGAGAUUUUGUCUUCAUUGAUGAAACGUUGCUUUCAGAAUGUCACGCUGUGGCCUUCCACUACAAACUGUUUUACGUUCACGGUGACCAGGUUAUCUAAAGCAUGUUAUUCCGUUUCUAAUAUUUCUACUAUUAAUUUGACAAUUUUAAUACAGUAUGUGUCAGCAACAGCUGCACUCACCAGUAACCAUAUCUCUUUUCCUCCUUCCAGAGCUCCACCAAUAAUUGGAUACCUACCUUUCGAAGUGCUUGGGACGUCUGGCUAUGAUUACUAUCAUGCAGAUGACCUUGAACUUCUAGCACGAUGCCAUGUACACUGUAAGUUAUCAUUCUGUUACUUUGUGUCGGUUAUAGCAUGGUUCUGUAUUUUGUUGUCCUUCUUAAAGCUGCAUUCCCUUGAGAGUAAUGAGUGGACAUGGAUAAAGACAAUGGGAAUAUCAAGACCCUGGGUUACUCCUCCAUGUUCUGUGUUCUAGGGACUUAUUGUUUCACAUUAAGGGAAGGUAGAUAUGAGUAAGUGUAUUUCACAAGAAGCCUUAUCACAAUAGAUAGAGGGGUGUAUUCACUAAGCAACGUAUUGCAAAUACGUACUUGGCAAAAAUAUCUGAUUUCCCAAAAAUCACCAACUAUAGUAUCAGAUUGGGUUUUUUAGGCAAAAUGUUGCAAUUCAGACUUCAAUUCAGUAUAGUUUUAUGUUUAGUGAACCUAUAAUUCAUGGUCUCUAUUUGACCACUAAUGCACCCCAAGGUUGAAGCGCCCCUGUGGCUUUAAAAGCCAAUAUAGCGCACUGAUAACAGAGUCCACAGAGGUGUGCUGUGGAUUCUCUCAUACAUCGACCUGAUUGAACUUCCUGGCUGAGCUGCCCAUUAGAGACACAUUGGUCAUCUGGGGCGUUUUGGUAUUGUGAGCUAUCAGGAAGGUUUAGUAACAGUAUGCAAGUUGCUUUAUUGAGGGUGAGUGAGUGAGUUACUGACUCUCACACCGUCAGCUACCUGCUUAACUAAACAGUAAAGCAAACAAUAAACAAAACACAGAGGAGAAGUAGAAUCUAGGUGACCACAAAUUAUAAACCAUUCUACAUUCAGCUUUUUAACUUCUGUGUUUUCUAGAAGAAAAUGUCAGACAUGGAAAGACAUAGAGCACAGUCCAUGUCAUACAUUUCUUGCCCCUAUAGACUAAAUCUCUCUUUAUGUUCAGCCACUGUCUGGCCGAGGUUGGAGCAAGUUCAAAUCGAGAGCAAUUUGCAUUCUUCCACAAACCAGCUUCUGACCUGGCAAAUGUUGGGAACACUGGAAUUAUAUAUGAACUGACACAGCGGGAUGGAAGGGUAUAGUGACUAGCAUACCAGACUUGAAUCAUUAGGGUAUGCAAAGAAAAAUGGAGAAUAGAUGAACUGGCCUUGAGCUGACCCUCAGGGAGACUUAAUCAUCUUAGAUGGUCUUGCUACCACUGGUCACCCAGUGCAUUCUUAAGGAUGGAGUUGGUAUUUUAUUUUGUGAUGUCUGACAGUAAUUGUUUUGUCUUCUUUAAAACCAGUGAUGCAGUAUGGGAAGGGAAAGUCCUGCUAUUACAGAUUUCUAACCAAAGGCCAACAGUGGAUCUGGCUCCAGACUCAUUAUUACAUAACGUACCAUCAGUGGAAUUCAAAGCCGGAGUUUAUUGUUUGCACGCACACCGUAGUCAGGUAAUAACUCAGUUCAGUUAAAAUGAAGCAUAUUCCUGGAAUCUCUAAGAUUGUUUUAAGCUAACAGGAGGAGGCCAAAGCUGAACGCUUUGAGAUGCCAAGUUCUCCAGCUGUUUGGCUCUGGAUUUCAUUGUUCGGAGUUGGGUCCAGGAUUAACAACUGACAUUUCAAAAAGGUCUUAAGGAAUUGCUGAUAUUUACAAGCAGGCAUUCAAACAUGUUUGCUUUGCAUGACGUUUGUUGAAUUCCUGUUACUGCACUUUUAUAUUGAUUGUGGUUUUAUAUCUCCAAACAAACAAUAUUUUAAAGGGACACCGCUAUGAUUUUUUUCCCCUAUUUUAAUGCGUUAUAAAAAUAAUGAUUUUUAAAAAGAUUUUAAAAAAAGAAAAAAGUUACUCACUUUCAAAAGUUCUCUUGAUGUACUCAAAGCGAUCCAGUUUAGAACUUUACUUUUAAGAGAGGGAUUUCUUUCCCUAAUAUUUGGACUUUACAUCUUUCAUUAGGACCUCAUCAACUACUAGUCUACUUUAACUUGUCUGUGAAAUUGUAUGUUUGACUUUGUUAUGUGUGUGAGUGUGUACCUGUCCUCUGUUUAUAAGCCCUUUCCUAUGCCCUAACUGCAGCAAAUAGCUCCCUCUAGUGGCACAUUAGAAUUACAACACUGUUUUCGCUCAGAAAGUACAGCAAACAUAGUUAUCAAUUUGUUUAAGGCAAAAAAAAUAAAAAAAAACAGUAAAGUUUCUGCUCACUGCAUCAUAAUCUUUAAAUCUUUCUUUUAUUUUGUUUAAUUUGAAAAAGAAUAUUGUAAGAAUAAUUUGGGGUUCAAUUUAUAUGUAUUCUGUUCCUACAGCUAUGCUGAAGUCCGAGCGGAAAGGAGGAGAGAUCUUGGGCUGGAGGAAUCAACCAUUGAAAUAGCAGAUUCAGCAUUAAAGGUUGGCAGAACAUUGCAUUUUUUUUACAGUUGUGACAUAGAUGGGCUCAUACAUUCUUAACAGACUGUGGCCUCGCUCACAAUCUAUCAUUUGAUAAUUAUCUGCAUGCUAACUGUCACCUAUAACCAUUAAAGGGAUGCUCCACAACCCAAAUACAAAAUAAAUAAAAAUCACUGUUUAUUGAUGUAUCCCAAAUGUAAUUGUGCAUGCAUUGUAUUAUGCAUUUUUUCAUUGGGGGUAUACAUAAAAGCAGUUUAUAAAACUGCAGUCUUCUUGCCUGCAGCCUUUGCUAGCCCUCCUCUUCUAACCCCGCCCACACUUUCUUUGGCUGCCCAAUCACAGACUUCCCAAUGCAGCUCAAUGAGAAGUCUUUCCAUGGUACGUGCUCUAAGUAAUUGCUGCCUCUUGCCCUCGCUCCACUAAGCUAACCAAACAGGAAGUUACAAGAUCUGUUGUCUGCUUUAAAGCUAAGGGGGUGUAACCAGGUUAAUUUAUAAAAGUGUCAAUUUCUAUUGAAAUCUGCACUUUUUGCAAAAUGAAAAAAGAGGACACACUCUUCACACAUAAAGCUUUUCAGCAAGCUAAAGUGCUCUAAGGGUCUGGAGUGUCCCUUUAAUGAUGUCUAGCUGAUCACGUUUUCCAAAGUUUUUCGAUAACAUAUUUGACAUUUUUGGUUCAGAAAAAAGGACCCUAUAUAUUAUUUUAAGCGAUCUAGCUAAAAUGUAUCACAGUCACUCUGAAAAAGAUUUUUUAACACAGUAACGGAACCAUUUGCCCCUUAUCUAAUACAAUAACCAAAAGGACUGGUCAACAUAAAAACAAAGAGCCCACAAAUGAUCAACCCCACAAAAUGUUUUACAUAUACACUAAUAAAGAUUUGCUUUGCAUUAUUUUGUUAAUUAAUACUUGCACGCUAAUAAGUAUUGCCUGUGGGGGCAGCCAUUGUUAACUCUUUUUAUUGAGAUGCACCACAUUUUUGUAUUUUUUUUUUAAAGCAAAUAUAUUUUUUUUUACAAUAUUCAACUUUAAACCAUUCUAUUUGUUCCUUGUAUUUGUGAUGAUGUCCGGUAAUGUAUUGGGGAAUGUAUCAGAUAAGAUUAGCUGCAUUACUCUGCUUCUAAUGUACUGUCUUCUUCCUUUUUUUUUUGUUCCAGAGUCAGAAUGCUUUUUUAGAAAUCACACAAUGCACGGCUAACCAAGAACUAAACAGGGAUAGACUGUCUGUUUCAUCUCACAGCUCACGCAGAUCUUCCCAUACAGCUCUCUCCGACACUGCCUGUAUGUAUAAACCAGACCCCACGGAACUCUUCUCUCUAUCAUUUAGAAUGCCAGUGUUUUGAGCAGUUAUCAGAUGGUACUCUCCACUACUAUAUAAAAUUAUAUUAUUAAUAUAUUAGUUGGGGUUUAUCACCCACUCACUAAAAUCACUAUAAUUCACUGCUCUUUCUUUGGGCUUAUAGUCACCACAAUGUGACUAAAUUACUAAUAUCAGAAAUGUGUAUCCCAAGGUGUCAUGUGACAGUAAGCCAAAUUCAAAGGACACUAUUCAUCCCAUUGAAGUGGUCUGGGUGCCGUGUCCCUGUCCCCCUUAGUACAGCAAUGUAAAACACUGUGCUCCUCAAAUCCAUACCCCCACAACAAUUCAGGUCUAUAUUUAUCUGUAGUCUCUGUAUUAUUUUUUUUUAGAAAUAUUUGGUUAAAAGAUAUUUUUUUUUUUGUAGCCACAUCUUCAAUGAGGCAUACAGAAGCCAGCACGCCCUCUAGACAUUCAUUAUCCAAAAGCCAACAAGAUAAACCUCAGAUGAGAAUGACACCCAGCAGUAACCAGGUAUCUAUGUAAUAGUCGAACCUUUUAAGACUUGAUACAAAACUUUAUCAGAAGAUGUUCUUAUAAAACUGAAUUUCUCACAUGCCAUCCAAACACUAGGUACUAAAUGCACAACUGUCAAUACAUAGGCAUGCGUGUUUUUUAUGGCCAGUUGAUCUACCACAGUGACCUACCUCAUUUUGCUUCAUGGAAACCCGCAGACGGAGUAUACCAAACAAGUCAUGGGAAGAUAAGAUUUGAAGUGGUCUGUGAUGGACCUUAUAAUUCCAAGCAGAACAUGCUAUAUAUCAUAUAGACCGUAUAACGGUGGUUUCAACUUCAUGAAUACUGGAGCUUUAUUCAGUAGAUUCCAAAAGAAUGUCUUUCUCAAGAAAUGGAAUAGAGAUUUCCUUUUUUUUUUUAAACUAAAUUAAUAUUGCUUUAUAUUUUAUUUUAUUACAAUGAUGAACAAACACAGUAUAUUGCCAAAGAUAAAAUGACACAUAAAACAACAGCAGACACUAAGCCCCCCGGUCCAGAGUACCAUCUCUAAUUCACUGAACCAAGCACUCAAAGUACAUUUAUUCCUACUACACCUGGGGCAAUGCCAUGUCAGUCCUGAGGGACCUCAAUCCGGUUUGUGUAUAGUCUGGCAAACCUGUAACAUUGCCAAGUGUGGUUUGAAUAAAGGUACCUUAAACAUUCUUUGUGUUUGUUCGUGUAAACGAAAACAACUCAGCUGAGCCAUAUGCCAUAUAUUGUCAGCCGGGAGAAUUUGCAGUCUCCCGAUGUACAUCGCUAUAUAAAAUAGAACAAAUCGGUCACGGUGCUAGUUAUUCACAGAGAAAAAAUAUCACCGACAAUAGUGGAUGGCUCAUUAGCUGCUGUUUGUUAAGGCGCACGGGAUGCUGUAAAAUAGCACAACAAUAUUAAUCUCCUGCUUCAAUAGAUUAUGGAUUGUGUGACAUCAUAAAAAAACACAACAUAUCUUCUGAGGGGGAACUUGUACAAACAUGUCAAAUGGAAAUGUAUUUUUUGAAGAUCAAUCUAAUAUCACUUUCUUCUAAAAUAACAAAACUAAAUCAAAAUAAAUUGAUUCUGUUUUCACGUUUUAAUGCUUCAGGUAACUUUAAAUUAUUAAUAUAUAUAUAUAUUUUUUUUUUAUUUGUAGCCUGUCUUAACACAUCAGACUCCAUCUGAACAUCUUCCCCAGCAUCAUGUUGCCCAGCCAACCUCUUCAGCGCCACAGGCUAUUUUGGUAAAUUUUCACACAAUGUAAUUUCUUGUAGACCUCAUGUAUCUGUUGUACAACACUGCAGACUAUGUUGGUGCUUUAUAUAUAAUAAUAAUAAAAAUGUUAAAUGUAGUAGGCACAUUAUAUAUUUAGCAGCGGAACACACUGCAGAUUGGAUUCUUGUAUACAUCAUGUGUAUUAAUGAGGAAAAUUAAUGGAGAAGUCGCCUGCACAUGAGCCUUUCUUGCAUACACCAAUGUAGUAGGCAAAGGGCUCUUCGCCCCAACUUAAAGCGUAUAUAGAAUUUGUCAGCAAUUUGUUGCAAUGCACAUGUUCCAUUCAUGGUGAAUGAAAUCUCCAUGGAUUAAGUAAUGUAUCAUUUUAAACUUUUUAGUGUUUAAAGAACAUGAAUAUGUAAUUGAAAGGACUGCAUACUUCAGGGGAAACCAUCUACAUUGCUUGCAGACCGAUAACUUGUAAACUGAUAAACCUUUAUGUAUUCAAGAUAGUGGGGAGCUAGACUCCAAACCUGGAAUUAGACUCCACCAUUUGUCUCUGUAUGGACAUUAGGGAUAGGCUGGACUAACAUAUCCUCAGCCUAUCACUGCUGUCCAUGUUGAAGAAAUUUAUAUUGAUAAUGAAGAGUAAAUUCUGUAUUAUCAAGUUGGCGGAUGUGUGUCAGUCUGUGGGUGCUGGGCAGAGCCACGUAAGAAACGUCAAGGCCUAAAAAUUGUAGAUGGAAAUGAUAAGAGCUUUUAGCAAUGAGUUUCUUUACCGCCCUUACCAUACAUUCAUCAGAAAACAUUGUUUAUCUUAUUUGUUUUAAUGUUUCAUCCUCAGCCUGUAUAUCCCUACCCGACCCAGCUAGGAAUGGUAAACCAACUGAAAGAGCAAUUGGAGGAGAGAACUCGGAUAUUGCAAGCGGAUAUUAAAACUCAACAAGAGGAACUACAUGUUAUAAAAGAACAGCUUCAGCUUGUCCAAGAUUCUAACCUGCAGGUAAUUUGCUCUUUUUUACUUUCUGGAGUAAAAAAAUCUUAUCUAUAUGUCUCAUCAUCUGCAAAGAUCGUAAUUAGAAAUAUAUAAUUCUCUGAGCGGACUUCUCUGUGCUGGCUGUGUUAAAGGACCACUAUAGUGCCAGGAAAACAUACUCGUUUUCCUGGCACUACAGUGCCCUGAGGGUGCCCCCACCCUCAGGGUCCCCCUCCCGCCAGGCUCUGGGGAGAGGAAGGGGUUAAACACUUACCUUUCUCCAGCGCUGGGCGGGGAGCUUUCCUCCUCCUCUCCUUCUUCCUAGCGACGUCAUUGGCUGAAUGCGCAUACGCGGAAGGAGCCGCGCGAGCAUUCAGCCAGUCUCAUAGGAAAGCAUUCAUAAUGCUUUCCUAUGGACGCUGGCGCCUUCUCACUGUGAUUUUCACAGUGAGAAGCACGCAAGCGCCUCUAGUGGCUGUCAAUGAGACAGCCACUAGAGGCUUUAGAGGCCUCAGUGUAAACAUAGCAGUUUCUCUGAAACUGCUAUGUUUAUUAAAAAAAAGGGUUAAUCCUAUCUGGACCUGGCACCCAGACCACUUCAUUAAGCAGAAGUGGUCUGGGUGCCUAUAGUGGGCCUUUAAGUAUUCUGAAGAAUGUUUGGAGUUUUGGAGUCUGUAUUUAAGAUCUCUUGAAAUAUGAGUUAGAAACCUGAAAAAGUGAGAGCUGCUUCUGCCUUUUUGAAGUUUCAGUUUAACAUUCUAGAGAACUCUGGAAACGCCAUCUUUCAGCUGGUAUGUGUGAGGCAGAUUUUCAAAGUUUGCCUUAGGAUGCACAAUAGUAAAUGUUGAAAUUUAGUCAAUGCAGUGGUCUGGGUGCAGUGGUCCUGUCCUUUUAACCCUGUAAUGUACCACCUUGCAGUUUUUUAGAAUCUGCAAUGUUUUCACUACAUGGUUAAACACACCUCUAGUCGCCGUCAUAUCGACCACCACAUGAAACGCUUCCACAACAACGACUGAGUCGAUCACAUAACGUGCAAGUUCAUAGGAAAGCAUUGAAAUAACAAUGUUUUCCUAUGUGGGAGCUUGGACGUGCACACAGUGCUCGUCAGACAUGUGCAUCAUAGUCUCUAAUUAUCCAUUAUGAGGAGUAUUGGAUUGGGCCAUUCCUCUUCUGUGAUGUUGUGAGAGGCAGAAAAGUAAGCAGUGCCAAGACUCUGGAAAAAAGUAAGUAAAACUUUUACUUUAUUCAUUUUUAUGGCGAUCCGGUGGAGGUGACCUGUAUAUAACUAGGGACAGAGGCACUAUAGCGUUAGGAAUGCAGGUUUGUAUUAGUAAUGAUAUAAAUGUAUCAUUUAUUUUUGAUAUUUUGUUAGUAUAUGUCUGUCACAUGCUCUGCAUUCACACCACAUAUGAGUUCUCUAUGUAUAUUUUGAUCCGUGACCCCGCUCUUGGGGCAGUUUAAUCAGUCGCGUAUGUAAUGCAGUUCACACAAUGUGUUUUUUCUUGUCCUUUAUAAGAUGUUGAUGCAACCUAUACAAAUGGGAUUUAAUAACAUGCAACAACAAGACCCAAGAAGAGUGUCCCACACACCCAGCGGGGUGAGCAGGCAAAGUAUAGACAUGGGAAAGAAGUCUCAGAAUGUUAUUGGCUCCACCAAACGUUUCUGCGGGUCUAGUGGGUCUUCACAACACCAUUAUGUGACUCCAGUUCAGGUAACAAAAACAUGUUUUAAUUAACAACAUUUUUGAUUUGCCAAUAUAAUUAAAUGAAGUAGGACACUGAAAAAAAUAGACAUGUAAAGUAUUACUGUCUAAAAUAUUAUGCUGUAAUACUGCCCACACCAUGGUUUGUGCUCAUAGUAACACAAACAGGAUUAUUCAAUAAAUGGAGAAUUAUCUGGAAUGCAAACAAUUUCACAUUUAAUGUCAAAAUAGCUAAACGAGAAAUAUAUAGCCAGCUAUACUUCCAGUUUGGUUACUUUGGUCUUAAAUUUAAAGUUCGCUCUGCACUCCGUAGACUUCUCACUUUAACGAAUAAAGUUUGAAAAUGAGAAGCACAUUAUUAAGAUAGUCAUCAUUAAUUAGUAGUGGUAAAAUAUAUUGUUAUUAGAAUUAUUUCACACUUGUCAUGGAUAAAGUGACAUAGUCAGAAUUGCAGAUGCCGUGUGCUUUUUCAUCAAUUACAACAUUGUUUUGUUUUUUUAAAGAGUUUUUAUUUGUUAACUCUUCAUCUUAACUUAAUAUCCUUUAAAAAAAAAAAAAAAAAGAAUCCAACUCAUCAGCACCACCAGCAAGGACAGCAACAUCAGCAAGCACAUCAGCAGCAGCAGCAGCAGCAGCAGCAACAGCAGCAGCCACAUCUACAGCAGCAACAGCAGCAACAACAGCAGCAGCAACAAAUACAGCACCAGCAACAACUACACCAGCAACUACAACAGCAGCAGCAUCAACAGCAGCAGCAACUGCACAAACAGCAGCAGCAGCUACAGAAACAGCAGCAGCAUCAACUGCAAAAACAACACCAGCAGCAGCAACUACAGAAACAGCACCAGCAGCAAUUACAGCAGCAACGACAUCAACAGCAGUUAAUGAGAGGAAACCAAGCCCAGCAGACAGCUCUGACUGUCCAGACUCAUGGUAACAUUGUUAUGCCCAUUUAUGGAAACGCGAUGAUGUUCUCUCAAACCAACCUAAGCAGUGUUCCAUCAAGGGUUCCAUCUGAGACUGGAGAUAGGCAACAAUCGUCCGAUUAUAACCAGGAUCGGCAUUUAAGGUAAUGAAGGACAUUGCUAUCUCAGUGAGUGGAGGGUAUACUUAAGUGAAGAAUAUAUGUUUUACCUUGCAAAACUUUAGACAAAAUGUUUUUUAAGCAAAAAUCUAAGUAUGAACAGAAGGGGGAAUUACAAUGAUGAAAAUUAUUUUAAGUUUAGGCGUGGACCGAAAUUGAUUUCUCACCAGCCCUUUUCUUUAACAAGCUUGUGAAAUGAUCGCAGACAGAAGUCCGAGAGGGACAAUUAUUUAUAGUUGGCCAAGAGGGCAUUGUGCUAAAACACAUUUUUCUGAGUAUAUAUUUUUAUGCACGGUUUUAAAGCUUUGUGAUUAGAAUUUAUUUUUGAUUUUGUAUCUUAUCUCAAAAGGUCCUUGUAUCGCCAAACACGGUGCUUUGUUUAGCACUAUAACACUCAUAACAGUAGUGCUGUCCAAAUCGUGGUCAGGUGAUCCACAGUAGCAAUAAAAAGGUAUCGGUGCCCACACAGUUAAAUGACAUAAAAGGGAAUAUUAUUUAUUGUAGUCCUCUAACCCCCUCAUUCUAACCUCUUCAAUACUUGCCAUCAUGUUACCCAGUUCCUAAACUACUUUACCCACAGUUUAGGGUGCUGCAGUGAAAGCAUCUGCUUAAGUUCAGUUGCUGUAGCCCUUCCACUUAGUUCAAGAAUGCAAGAAUUGCAAAACCAAGAAAAUUAUUAGUGGGCAAAUAACUGAAAAGUACCAUGUGUUCCUUCCCUACACUUGUCUAACUUUGGCGCUAAAAGUGUUCCUAGACGUAAAUCUUCCAGACAAUUAGAGUGCUGUUAGAAAACCUGGCCAUUUACAUCACUCACAUCCGCAUUGCCUUGUUUCAUACUUGACCAUGUAGUUCAAAAAGUGAGAGACAUUGACCAGCCACGUGAGAUGAGUCAUUAACCUUUUUGGUUGCGAGACACGUUUUACCAUUCCAUGUUUUGAUUACAUUUAUACAGGUUUGUACAAGAUCAGCAAAUGAGACCCCCUACCUUACAAAUGCAGCCAAUCACGUGCACCCCAGUGAUAACUGCUCCACCUACUCCAGCGUACACCCCUUCAGUUAUGAUCCCCCAGGCAUCCUUCACACCCCAACAGACCCAUCAAGCUGUCCAUCUACACCAUUGUCAACAGCAACAGGUCCAACCACAGCACUUGUAUCUUCAGGUAAGACCACAAACUUCUCAACCAUUUCAAAAAGUACUAGUACUGGGAUUUCUGUUAGGGACGCGUAGUCUGGCCUCUCGGAACACCAAAUGGCUGAGUGGAUAGAGUUUUGUUUUUGUUUUUUUAAUACCAAAACAAGAACUAAAUGAACAGAGAUUUUAUUACGAUAACAUUAAGCAUUCAAGUUAAAUUACUGUUGUGUUAGUGGGAAAUCACAUUUAAUAAUUGAUAUCAGAGUUCAAGACUUGACCUUUUAAAGAUUUUUCCAAAAUUUCCCAUUGAACCAAUUUUCUUUAUUUGCCAAUUAACUUUGAAUCAGGUUCACAGACAACAUACCUAAAACGGGUGAGAGGAGUCAAUACAUAUUAUAUGUAUAUAUACAUAUAUAUAUUUUUUAAUUUAUUUUUAAAUCAGCUUUUUCUCACCAGAAAGAAAGUAAUUUAAUAUAUGGAAUUUUCUUAUACUGCUUACAUUUAAUGUCUCUUGUUAAAUGUCAUGAUUGCUGGAAGUGUCCUGUGUUCCCAUAUCUGUCUAAUGGUUUGUGGACAGAGAAAUUGUUUAGCCCAUUUUUAUGUUUGUUUGGGGGUUUUUUUUACUUUUUUAUCUUUUGCAGCUUUUUCCAUAGUAAUUUAUCCCUUUAAAAUGUGUUUUUUUUUUUUUUAAUUCAAUAACUAUUUGAAAAGAAAAGAAAAGAAGCACCAUGCCACACCUCUUAUAAAUCUGGGUUUUUAUCCCUGUACUUAUUCCUAUCCACUACUAUUUAGUAAAUCACUAACUAAAUUAAUAACAAUAUUACAAAUGUCCACAAAGUUCACGUAACAUAUUUAGUGGAUGCUUCCCAUGCAGCUCCUUCAUUGGGUAUGUGUCCUACACAUUCCACAAUGAAUCAUUCCAUAUUACAAAUAUUUUAAAUAUUCAUUAAGAAAACAUAUUAACAUAGAAACAGAGAAUGUGACGUCAGAUAAGAACCAUUCGGCCCAUCUGGUCUGCCCAAUUUUCUAAAUACUUUCAUUAGUUCCUGGCCUUAUCUGAUAGCCUUAUGCCUAUCCCACGCAUGCUUAAACUCCUUAACCUCAACCUCUAAGCCUAUUCCAUGCAUCCACUACCCUCUCAGUAAAGUAAUACUUCCUGAUAUUAUUUUUAAACCUUUGUCCCUCUAAUUUAAGACUAUGUCCUCUUGUUGUGGUAGUUUUUCUUCUUUUAAAUAUAGUCUCCUCCUUUACUGUGUUGAUUCCCUUUAUAUAUUUAAAUGUUUCUAUCAUAUCCCCCCUGUCUCGUCUUUCCUCCAAGCUAUACAUGUUAAGAUCCUUUAACCUUUCCUGGUAAGUUUUAUCCUGAAAUCCAUGAACCAGUUUAGUAGCCCUUCUCUGAACCCUCUCUAAGGUAUCAAUAUCCUUCUGAAGAUACGGUCUCCAGUACUGUGUACAAUAGUCCAAGUGAGGUCUCACCAGUGUUCUGUACAAUGGCAUGAGCACUUCCCUCUUUCUACUGCUAAUACCUUUCCCUAUACAACCAAUCAUUCUGAUAGCUGUGGAGUUGUUUUUCUAGGUUUCUUGUAACACUGAAUAUAUUUAUUCAGAAAAACACCAAACUGAAAUCUUUCCCCAGCUAUCAAUUUUAACACUUUCCUUAAAAGAAUCAAUACAUUAGAGGGGAGAGGGAGUUAAAACGUAGCCAUAACUGUACGAAUUAUAAACUAGAAAGUAGAAAGCAAAGAAUAAUGCGUUCAUACACCUGCUAACCCUUAUGAAUUGUGGAUUUUCCUCAAAAUGUUCUAAUUGCUUUCUGUUCCAGAUGCAAACUCCAGAGUCGAUGCAAGCAAACCAGACCCAACGCAUUUUUCAGCAACCACACAUGGCACAGCAAAGCACCAUGGGAUAUUUCCUGCAUCCUCAACAGCAAACCCAACCUGGGAACAUCUCAGACCUACCUGA